AUGAAAAAAACAAGCAGCAAAAAAUUUGUUUCUCCAGUUAAAUCUAAUAAUAAUAACAAUAAUAAUAAAAGUAAUAAUAAUAAUAGUGAUGAAAGUGGUAUAAAAAAUACACCAGUUAAAAAAUCAAGUUCAACUUUUCAAACACCAACUAAAAUAAUAGCACCUUCAACUACAACAUCAACAUUAUCAAAAAAUAUACCAGUUUCAAAUACUCCAGCAUCAAUACCACAGGGAUUAAAUGUAACAAAUGUAAAGUCUAUAAAUUGUGAACUAUUUUCAACAAUUCCAAAAUACAUUAUAGAUUUUUUAAAAGAUAUUAAAGACGAAAUAGAAAGAGAAAAAUAUCAAUUAGUUAUAGAUUAUUGUUAUUUAAAUUGGUCAAACAAUCCCUUUAAUCAAUAUGAUAUAUUUAGUAUGUACAAAGAUGCUAGAGAUAUAACUUUAGAAAAGAUAAAAGAAAUUAUUUUAAGUUUAAUAAAUGGAAAUAUGUUAAAGGAAAUUAAUAUUAAUGGUAGUUCUAUUUAUUCAUCAAUACCAUGGUUUAAAUUAAUUCAAUAUGUUGGGUUAGAAAUUGAAAUUAAAAGAUUUGAAGAAAAGCAAUUGGAAAAAGAAAAGCAACAACAGCAGAAAAAUAAAGAUAAUGGCGAAAAAGAAAAAAAAGAAUCAAAAUAUAAUAAAUUAGCACCAAAGAAUACAGUUGCAUCAAUUGUAGCAACAUUGUCACCAACCAAACCAAAAGUUAAUCACUUGGGAUCAUCAACAAAAAAAAGGAAAUCAACAGCUACACCCACCGACUCUUCAUCAAUACCAUUUAAUUUAAAUCAAGAUAUAUGUAACGAGGACGAUAAUGAAGAUUCAAAUAAAAAAUUAAAAACUACAACAGGUAAAUCAAAUAGCAUUAAAAGUUCAAAAUAUGAAUUAACAAUAGAUAGAGAGUUGGUAUUAAUAUCAGAUGAAAAAAAAAGAUUAUUAAAAUCAAUACAGGAAAAGAAAGAAUUAUUAGAGAAAUUCAAAUCGAAAUCUGCAUCACCAAUCUCUGAACAAAAGAAAACUGUCCCAAAUUUAGAAGAAGAAAAAAGAGUUGAAGGUUUAAUUUAUAAAUGGAAAAAGGCAUGCCAAGAUUCAAUUGUUUUGCUUCAAGAAAAAGUUGUAGAGUUUGUGGGAAAGCAAGAACCAAGUGCAAAUGUAAAUAAUAGUUUCAAUGAAAGACCAUUGCAAGGCUUCAAAAGUUCGUAUAGCUGGGGAGAGGGAGACACAGACCAUCGCGAUAAAUAUAAUCAAGAAGAAUUUCAAUUUGAUUACUUUGAAAAAGAGAUUGUUGAUAAACAACAAAAACAAACCGAUAUGUCUUCAAAACUGUAUAUUAUUAACCAGUUUGGUCUUAAACCUCAAGAUCUAAAUUAUGAUGAAGAUUCCGAUCAAUUUGGUAAAUUAGACGAUCCGCAUAAAAAGAAAAAAUAA